GAGGGUAAUACAAAUUAUCUUUGUCAUCAGCAGGUAGAAUGUAGUAAUAAUAAGAGUUAACAUUUAUAAAUAAUAACUGCCAUUUGUUCAAUGUUUAACAUGUACAAGGCAGGGUACUUAGUGUGUUGCAUGCUUUGUAUCAUUUGAUCCUUACAGCAACCUGAUGAUAAUAUAGCUACUGUUAUUCCUGUUUUACAGAGGAGAAAACUGUGGUUAAAAGAUUUGUUCAAAGUAACACACCAUAAGGGGCAGAUUUUGGCCUUGAGCAAACAUGUCUUUUGACUCUUGAAGCAUUUAUGUAUCUUAUUCACUGGGAUAAGGAAUUUUUUAUUGGGUGUUGUAAAGGAGGGAGUAGUGUUUUUUUGUAGCUGGUGUUUAAGCUGUUCCAGCAGCCAUGUGGGUGACUCUUGGCAUGUGGAGAAAGUGGAUUAGGCCACAUCAGCCAACUACAAUGCUGACUUGACAAAUUAGUUGAUUCAUUUUCAUUGUAGACUAUGUGAUGUUAUGACAUAUAAAUGCUGCUGCUAGACCUUUUGUGUUUACAGAAGUAGUGAGUAUUGUGUGAUUUCUUUCUGCCAUUUUCUUAUUAAACCUCCAAAGACUCAUAAGCCAUGAUAAUUAUUCUACUUAGUAUAAUUGGGAGAGCACUGAACUGAAUGGUGAAAGUGUGGUUGGGUGGCUGGUCUUUGUGCUCAAGAAGUUUCUAGUUCGGAUGUGAUAAUUAUGGAAAAUUACUUUUUUUAAAACAAGAUUUUUCUUUUUUGUAUUUCACAGAAAUAUUUGUUAAAAUUGCCAAAUAUUUGCCAACAUAUCAAAAAACGUAGACUUCUGAGUGAAGUUUUAGGUCUACAGAGUUCAUUCCAUUGGCUUUGUAAAGAGACUUGGGUUCUGAAAGUAGAUAUAGCCUGCAACCACCAAUAAUGAAAUAAAAGGACUUGCUACCUAAUGACAUAUGUUUAGUGGAAGACCCCAAAAUGCUUUGAGUUAUUUCUAAAACUUAACCAGAGUAAAAGUUAUUUAAUUCAAUUUGGAGGGGUAAGGUAACUUAGUAUUUUAUGAUGCCUCUUAUUAUUUGAAUUCAGUAUUGGGGUGUUAGAUUACAAUGAACAGUCCAUCCCAUUAGAAGGGUGAUAUACUGGUAUUUGACUUCCCAGGUGAGCAAACUUUGCUUAUUUCUAUUCGUUAACUAGGCCUUUUGAUAUUUUUGUAGACAAUCUGCUUCAUCUUGAUUCUGCAGCAUUCCAAACUCUGGUAUCCUUGGGGGUCUCUUAACAGUGCUAUGGUGCAGAAGAUUUAAAAUCAGCUGAUGUUCACAAGGAAUAGAGUCACGUGAUGUAUGAAGGGAAACAUAUACACUUCUCUGAGGUUGACAAUAAGCCCUUGUGCUCAUAUAGCCCCAAACUGUGCAAGCAGCGGCGACUCAACGGCUACGCUUUCUGUAUCAGACACGUUCUGGAGGACAAGACUGCCCCCUUCAAGCAAUGUGAAUAUGUGGCCAAGUAUAACAGCCAACGCUGCACCAACCCCAUCCCCAAAUCAGAGGAUCGUAGGUACUGCAACAGCCACUUGCAGGUACUUGGCUUUAUCCCGAAAAAAGAGAGGAAGAAAAAGAAUGAUCCUAUAGAUGAGGUAAAGGUCAGGCACCAGAUGGAUACCAUGGCCUUUAGCCUGACGGUGCCCACAUUGGCCUUGAAGAUGCCCAAUGGACUGGAUGGAAUGUCCCUCUCUCCACCAGGGGCAAGGGUCCCUCUCCACUACCUGGAAACUGAAUUGGAAGAUCCCUUUGCUUUCAACGAGGAAGAUGAUGACCUAAAGAAAGGGGCAACUGUGAAAAAGAAGUUGCAGAGCAAGUUGGCCCAGAACCGGCAGCGCCAGAGAGAGACAGAGAUUUUAAAAGUUCGACAAGAGCACUUUAGUCCCCCUCCUGCACCUUCACAGCAGCCUCCUCCGCAGCAGCACUCCCACCUGUCACCUUUAUCCACUUCUUUGAAACCUCCAGCGCCACCGCAGGGUUUAGUCUGCAAGUCACCUCAACCUCAGAACACCAGCCUACCAAUGCAGGGAGUGGCCCCCACCACACACACGAUAGCACAAGCAAGGCAGUUGUCUCACAAGAGGCCUCUGCCCCUCCUGCCAUCCAGUAGGGCUCCUGUCGUGGACCCACCAAGGACUGACCGCGUCCUUAUGAAAGCCACAGCCUUCUCUCCACACUUCUCUUGUAUAAGUCGACUGCAGAGACUGGUGAAACUGUGCACCCAAAAACAUCAGUUGGACACUGAUCUGUUUCCCCAUUUAGGGUUGGACUGGUCUGAAGAAAGUGGAGAAGAACUGGAAGACUCAGAGCAGGCUUCGCCAUACCAGGUUGCGUGGUCCAUUCGAGAAACCCUCAGAUAUGAAAGACACAUGUCAGAUGAUGAUGAUACGGAGAGUAGGAGCGCCAGGGUGACCCAACUUUGCACUUACUUUCAGCAGAAAUAUAAGCACCUCUGCCGCCUGGAGCGGGCAGAAUCUCGUCAAAAGAAAUGCCGGCACACGUUUAGGAAAGCCUUGCUGCAGGCGGCCAGCAGAGAGCCAGAGUGUACUGGUCAGUUAAUACAAGAGCUGCAGAGAGCUGCAUGCAGUCAAACCAGCAUAAGCCGGACCAAGUUGAGGGAGGUGGAAGCAGCAGCAUGUAGUGGAACAGUGAAGGGUGAACAGUGCACUAACAAAGCCCUUCCAUUCACCAGACAUUGUUUCCAGCGUAUCCUCUUGACUUUUAAUCAGCAGCUCUUCUCAAGCUGCACGGCCAAGUUUGCAGAUGGACAGCAGUGCUCUGUGCCUGUGUUUGACAUCACACACCAGACACCUCUGUGUGAAGAACAUGCCAAAAAAAUGGAUAAUUUCUUGAGAGGAGAUAGCUCCCGUAAAGUUCAGCACCAGCAGCAGAGGAAACCCAGGAAAAAAACAAAGCCUCCUGCACUUACCAAAAAACACAAGAAGAAGAGAAGGCGUGGCCCUCGUCGACCCCAAAAACCCAUUCCCCCUGCAGUACCCCAAGGGAACCUCAGCAUGCCCACCAGCGUCUCACUGCCCGUGGAGGCCUCUCGCAUCCGGAGCCCAUCCACGCCAGAGCUGAGCGCUGAUGAGUUGCCGGAUGACAUUGCCAAUGAGAUCACUGACAUUCCACAUGACUUGGAAUUGAACCAGGAGGACUUUUCAGAUGUCCUGCCUCGGCUCCCUGAUGACUUACAGGAUUUUGAUUUUUUUGAAGGAAAGAAUGGAGACCUCCUCCCAACUACCGAAGAGGCAGAGGAACUUGAACGGGCUUUGCAGGCUGUAACUUCUCUCGAGUGCCUGAGUACCAUGGGGGUACUUUCCCAGUCAGAUGGCGUGCCGGUCCAGGAGUUGUCAGAUCGAGGAAUAGGGGUGUUCUCCGCAGGUACUGGAGCUUCGGGAAUUCAGUCCUUGAGCCGAGAAGUAAACACGGACCUAGGGGAGCUGUUGAAUGGGCGCAUAGUACACGACAAUUUUUCUAGUCUAGAGCUGGAUGAGAACCUGCUCCGUUCUGCUACCUUGUCUAACCCACCUACACCCCUGGCAGGGCAGAUCCAAGGGCAGUUCUCUGCCCCAGCCAACGUUGGCCUUACUUCUGCCACUCUGAUCAGCCAGAGUGCACUUGGGGAGAGAGCCUUCCCAGGACAGUUUCAUGGACUUCAUGAUGGCAGCCAUGCCUCCCAGAGGCCACAUCCUGCCCAGCUGCUGAGCAAGGCAGAUGACCUAAUCACCUCACGACAGCAAUACAGCAGUGAUCAUUCACACUCCUCGCCCCAUGGAAGCCAUUAUGAUAGUGAGCACGUGCCGUCUCCCUAUAGUGACCAUAUCACCUCUCCCCACACAACAUCUUUCUCUGGUGAUAACAUGGCAGCUACCUUUUCAGCAGAGAUGCCCAUCAUGGCGCAACACUUGCUCCCAACCCAACUUGAGGUGCCACUUGGAGGAGUCGUAAACCCCAGAACUCACUGGGGCAAUCUCCCUGUCAACCUUGGAGAGCCCUCUCCAUUUAGCAACCUUCUUGACGCAGAUGGACAUCUUCUUUCCACUUCCCUAUCCACGCCACCCACCACUUCGAACUCAGAGACCACACAGCCUGCCUUCGCCACCGUGACCCCCAGCAGCUCCAGUGUGCUUCCGGGGUUACCGCAGACCAGCUUCAGUGGCAUGGGGCCUUCUGCUGAACUAAUGGCCUCCACCUCUCCCAAGCAGCAACUCCCUCAGUUCAGCGCAGCCUUCGGCCACCAGCUGAGUUCUCACAGUGGCAUUCCUAAGGACCUGCAGCCCAGCCACAGCUCUAUAGCCCCUCCUACAGGCUUCACAGUAACAGGUGCCACAGCUACAAGUACCAAUAAUGCAUCUUCUCCCUUUACCUCCCCUAACUGAGCGUGUCUGUGUGUUUGCAGGCAGGUGGGGAACCUGGUGUUUUCUAUCUUUGUUUCCUCUUUAUCACCCCUUUCCCCUUUUCCUAAAGAAGAUUUUAAAAAUAACAGAUGGAGACUAGAGGGGAACUCCCUUUUCCAGUUAAACAGGUUACCCUGCAGUGGACCGCGCUUCAGUGUUCACGUGUGCUCCUUUGCACUGGUGCUCAUUCCCUCCUGGCAGGUUCACUCUACCCUGAUGGCUUCCUUAGUGGCUCAGCACAGUGACUGGAUAGAAUUGACUUUUAGCAGCAAGUCCUAGAAGUGGAAGAUACCUCAGAUUACCAGUGCCCUUUACUAUUUCCUAGUAUUCAGAUCAAUGCUUUCCAUUCUAUUACCAGGUCUUUACGUAGGUGGUUCUAGAUAGAGUGAUCCUAUUCAUUGAAUCCCUCUGUGUAAGACGUAGCAAAUGGUGUGGAGAGGCAGGUCGAGGCUCUGACUUAGCACCAACUGCUAAGUACCACACGAGGCCAGGAUUCCAUUCCUAAUUGUGAUCAUGUUUAAUUAAAAAGAAAAAAAAUUAGUCUUUUGACUGCCUGUGUGUAUGUGUGCGCCCACGUGUGUGUUUUUGUGCAGGGCAGGAAGCAGCUGUCCCAUUGUUAUUUUUUUUUCCUAAUGAGUAAGGCUCUUCUCCUUUCCCACAUCUCACAACCCUAAUAAGUUGGUCAUUCUUUCCCACUGAGUUAACUGAGUUUCCUGAAAAGAGAGGGGAUAGUCUGGUCUCAUGAUGAACAGCUCAACCCUUUUCUGCUAAGUUAGCCAGGAACACAAAAGGCUGAAUUCAUAUCAGUGCUGUGGGGAUGUCGUAAAAAGCUUGCCUGGAGUGACUGCAGAGUUGCUGAGAUUCCGAGGUCUGGUGGUUAUAUUGCCUUUUUAGACAUGCAUUUGUUCCUAAAUUUCUUUGUCAUGGAAUACAUUCGCAAGAUGUAAUUAGAGAAAAUAUUUUGAUGUGAAAAGCGGGAUAGGUCAGAUAGAUUUGGAAAGAUGCGAUCUGUGAACUUCUUGAUCCAUCUUUUGCUUUUUAACUUUUCAUGUUUACAGUAGUGAUUCUUUGGUAAGAUUUGUAAAAUGUUGAAGACACUUGUAGAAUCAAUGUACCAGUUGUGAAGUGAUAAGUAAUAUCUGAAGGAUACACAUAUUAAAGUUUCUUUCAAAGCCGAUUUUGGAAAUGAGACAUAAAUUUUACCCACUGUUUGGUACUUUUAAAAUAAUUUAAGUACUUAGGUUUAAGUUUGGGGAAAUUGUUUGAAAGUACCAGGAUUUUAAGGUUAAAAAUCAUACUGAGUAGUCUAGUAAGUUGGUGACUAUGAAAUGAAUAUGUGAGUUUUCUUUUUACCUGCCUUCUCCCCUGCCCCUUCCCCUCCCCCCAGAAGGGUGGAACUAGAUUUUAAAGGCAUCUGUACUCUGCUUUUGCUGAGACGGUUCACUGUUCCCUGAGAUACCAUUGGCUAUUUAUACCUGAGUCUAGUCUAAUUUACAUAUAUAUAUUUUAAAAGAUGAGUAGAGAGAACGUAUCUAUUAAUGAUAUGAUAUAAUGAUUCAUUUGUCAGGGAAUAGUUGAUCUUAAUUCCUUUUCAAUAGGUAAAGAUUUGGAUGUAUUUUCCUACUUCCUAUAUGUAUUCUCUUUAUGCCAUGCUAAUUCUAACCAGUCCCUUUUUUGAAAGCUUUUCUUUCUCUGCUUUUUAAAGGAAUGAUGGUGAUCAGCAGGCAUUAUGCAGAUACCACGUGCCUGAGAUUAUGGAGGGGAAAUGUCAUAUGACUGUAUGAAAUCAUUAUAUGCCCUAUUUUGUAUUUAUUGAAGUUUCUUUUUGUGGGCCAAAAAUAUGUUUGUAAUAUAUUUAGGUUUUUUUUAAUCAUGAUAAUUGAUUGGAAGAUUUAUUUUUAAUAGCUUUGCCUUUUUUGCAGAUUGAGAAUUUUCUAAAUUAUAAAUUAUGUCACAAAGCAGUUAUAUUUGGUAUCACCAUAAAUUUCUAUUCUGAACGGUGAGAACAGAUAAUUUGAAUAUUUCUCACCCGUGAACCUGUUAGUCAGCUUUUUUAUUUUAAUGUACUAUAAUGAAAUGAUUAUGAUUAGUUACCUCUGCUCAAAAGUGUCAUUUAGUUUGCUAACCUCUUCACACCCCAUUGUAAUCAUCAUUAGAGAACUGUCCAUUCCCAGCAACUUGAUUUAGUCUCCGCUGUGUCCUAAUUAACCAUUGUAGCAGAGCAGCACAUCAGCUUUCUUAUCAGCCCUUCUUUGACAGCAAAGGGAAAGUCACGGGUAGUCGAUCUGAACUUUUAUGGCUAUUUGUCCCUCGUGGUAGCUGCUUAAAAUUCUUCAGUUAUCAAAACUGAGUUUGCAGUAAGUUGCACAUUUUAUUGUUUGCAAUUUUCUGUUUUAUGUGCAUUUAAAAGCCCUUUUCUGCUUUCUGGUAAGGAGGCAAGAAAUGAUCAGGAAUGUUGCCAGUUAAAGCUUCACACCAAAAACUUUGAGUAAAUUCAUUUUUCUUUAGAUGUCCAUGGUGAUAGCUGAAGAAAGGGCACCCAUAGAAAGUACCGGUAUAAACUUGAGGAAUUAGUAAAAAACAAAAUUUCUUCUCAUCUACUUCAAAACGAAUAUCUGAGCUUGCAGUUUGCUUUGCUCUUGCUGUUUCUUGAGUCCCUUUUUGGAAGAAAGAACAUCUGUGAACCCAGAGAUAUCCGUUAUGUUUUUCUUUUACCUAAUGGAGCAAUUCUAUUAGUAGUAGGUUUGCUGUUAAUAUGUAAAGAAAGUAAUGAAGUGUCUUUUACUCCAGAAAUAUGAAAAUUAGUGUCUUUUAAAAUAGCACUUACUUUAUAAUAAGGCAAUACUGGAAUCAAAAUCAAGUUUUAUAAAAGGUCCUAAUUAGGUGGAAACUAGCUGGUAGUCUAGUGUUAAACUCAUGAGAAGCAGUGGCAAAGAAGGUUCACUUUUUUCUGCAGUUCUUUGGGACCAUUUAUAAAGGCCAGUUAGAUUAUGUUAAUGUGAUUUAAUUUACAAAGUGGCUGCAGUUAGUGGAUACAUUCUGUGUUCUGAGAAUUUGAAUUCCAUUCUAAUGUAUGAUAUUCAUUUGCUGUGAUCUGUAGCAUCUGCAGAAAAGAUAUGUUUUCUCUCUCUACAUAAUUGUUAAUAUUAUUUUAAUUAAAGUACUUAUGACAUUGUUCUUUCCUCUGUUAAAAAUGGCUUAGCAAUUUGCACAUCUGGGUAGGUUAUAUAGCUAGUAAACAAUUCACAAUAGUUAAUAGCAAUUACACGUAACCCACCAAGUGAGAGACUAUGCAAUGAAAUAAUUUUCUAAUUAUCGUCGCAUAGCUUAUAUGGCAAAGGAUUGUUUUCUCUAGUAGCCUACCAUGUGAGAGAUGACUGCUUUAUAAAUGACUCCCCAAGCAAUUUCAUGUUCGCAGGCAGUGUGAUGUGUCUGUUGUCGCUCCAUGAAGAUGAUAAUUUAAUGAGAAGCAAAUAGUAUGGAGGUAAAGUUGGAAACUUUUUUUUCUUUUCCGUAAGAUUAUAGUUACUUCUUUAGUGUUAAGGCUAAAGAAAGCUAAUACAUUAUCUUUGCCAAAUAAUUCUUUAUAAGAAUUAUUUCUUAAAUAAGCCCAAUCUCAACUGCAAGUUAGGAACCAUCAUUUUCUGUGACUAACACUAAAGCUUUUGCUAAUCUGAGUUUAUUCUCAAUCCAUGAUGACAAAUCCAAAGAAGCAAAGAAGGGAAGAAAUGAUGUCUGUGAUACACACUGGUGCCCUAUCAGUACAAUAUUCUUCUUAUGUGAAAGAAUUUCUAUUUCUCUUGACCUGUACCAUUCAGUUUUUAUCAAUCGGCACUAGAAUUCGAGCAUAUGUAGGGAACUCCCAUGCUGUCAGUUCAUUGGUACUUGCUUGCCAUCCUUCCCGUGCCCUUGCUUCAUUGGGAUAGUGAUGAUGGUUGGUAGGCUUCAUCAGCAGUAUUUGUAUGAGGCAAUUAAUUGCCUUUUCUCCAAGUUAGUUCAAUAGGUCGUUAUGGAUUGGUAUGGUAAAAAGAUGAGGGUAUUAAUAACACUAAUUCAUUUAAAAUGUUUUUAGAUGUCUAGUUUCUAUUUUCCUUAUCCUCUUUUAACCUUUUAAAAUUCUAUUAAAUUCUAUUUUUAAUCUGGUAUAUAUAGAAUAGUGUAAUGGUCUUCUAAAUGGUCAGCAAAACUCUGCAGUUUAUUGAGGCAAUUUAAAGGAUUCCUAGAAAGAAAAUGUAGUCCUACUGAAUAGUCUUCAUUUGUAUCUCUUUCAUCAUCAACACCUACAUUGCUCCAAGGAUUUUUUUCCUCACAAGAAAUGUAUUUCUUGGGGAUGGAGUGGGGGAUGGGAAUAUAUAUGUGACAGAACAUAGUUCCCCCCCUCCCCUUUUCAGUACAGUGAAAACAAUUGAAUCUUCACAGAAUAAUAAUAGAAAAAUAAUUGAAUCUUACCUCUCUAUAGAAAGGUAGAACAAUUUAAUGACUCUUAGUAUCUUAAACUUUAUAAACUUUCCAAUAUAUUCUGGAGGGAACCAAAAUCCAUGUUUAGUUGAUUAAAGUAACAUUGUAAAUGCUGUCUUUCAAAAGAUUUGUGAUAAAAUACCAGUGAAGAACAUAUUCAUUUUCCCUUGACCAGCAAGUUAGGAAAGAAAACAAAACAUAAAUGAAUAGUUAUGUCUCUCGUAGUAACCAGUGUCAUAAAUGCAAAGAUUGUGGGUCAGAUUUAGAGAGCCUUAUUUCUAAAUAGCAAAAUUUCUCUUUUCACUCCAGCUCCUAUUUUUCGUUAGUUUUCCUCUCUCUGCCCUGUGAUACAAAGCUAAUGACAGGAAAUGAGGCAUUUCAGAGAGAGAGAGCGAGCAGUUUUGGUAUGACUUUCUUUAUCCCAGGUUCCUGGAUCUUGGGAACGUUUGGCAGAGUUUUUGGUGAUUUAAAUAAAGUUUAGUCUGACAAGCAGUCUUAAAAGAGAAAACCUGUCUAACUCUUAGUCAGCUAUGUAGGGCAGCAGCACAGUUUCCCUUGCUUUUUCCCUUCCGCCUGCUUGCUCAGCCCACCUCUAGUCCCGAAGUACGCAUACGCGCACACAUGAUCUGUGCAGAUCCUGGCCUAAGAGUAAUAGAAUCCUCUUCUUUCACUUUUGUUUGUUCGUUUGUUUUUGUUUGUUUGUUUUAAGCUGGGGACCACUGAAGUAAGCUCUGUAUGCACCCAAAGUUCCCCUUGGAAAAAUUUUCAACAUGCAGUGCAGAAGGCUCCAGUGCAGCUAAAUGCCACACCAUUGCUUUUACUUGGGGAAUAGACUGAUUUGCCCUGAAAUGACUCCACCUGCAUCGUUAAGGUACAGUGGGCUCCAGCGGAUUAGUGUGGAAGUGAUGGGAAGUUUGAUACUCGUGACACUGUCUUCAUCUGCUGGGAAGGGUUGAAUCAGUUCCUCUCAACAGUGAUAGUUCUUUUCACUGUAUAGUGUUGAGUAUGUCUCAGGGAUUCCUUGUGGAAAUUAGGGCAGUUUUUAAAAUAAGACAAUAGUUUUCAAGAAACUAAAGGUGACUCAUCAUUGAAGAGAGCGCAAGAAAGAGAAAACAUUUGGUUUCGUAGCCCACAGUGUCUUGCAUAGGACUUUUUUCCUUUCUCCUUCAGCUUCUCAUCUCAGCUUCAGCAUACAGAAUCCUUUCCCAUGCACAGCUUUAAAACUUUUAUUUAAAAAUCUCCUUCCCCAAUGAGCUUUCAGAAUACUUAUUGUAGAUUUUAAGAGAAAAGGUAUAUUAAUUUAUGCUAUUAACAUCACCUCAUAAAUUAUAAGUUUUAUACUAAAGCUGUAUUGAGUGUAAUGAAUUAUGUUGCCUAUGUGUUUAAUAGCUAAAAAAUUAUAUAUGAGCUUUUUUUUUUUUUUUUUUUUUUUGACAAAACAAACUAGUGAAGCACCUUUUUACACUGGAUCUCUGCCGUGUCAAGGUGUAUAGCUAUCCUUUGCUACCUUGCAGAUAUAUAAAAUAAAAGGAUAUCCUGGGGCCUCAAAAUGUAGAACACCUUUAGACCAUUUAUUAUGACUCAUAGAACUGUUGAGAAUCAUGUUUCUUUAGUAAAUGAUCUGUGGUUUACACUUAAGAUGGCUAGAAGCUUAGUUACAGGGUAAAUAGAAAUACAUAGAUCAAGUAAAAUUCCCAACUACUGUAGCUGGAAUUUGUAAGCUAAGUUUUUAAGACCUCUUUUAUUUCCUAUGGAUUUAUUCUUUAAUUUACAGUUGAUUCUGUAAGUUGGGAAGUAAAAUAGAGAAAAUAAAUCUAGAUGUUCUCAGUGUCUUAUUCAGGAACCUUUUUAUCCCUCCUCACUAAGGAAUUCCCACUGUGACUUAAAAAUAGAAUUAAAUUACUUGUGUGCAUGUAUAUAUUUGUGUUUUUACACACAUGCAAAAAUAUACAUUGGGGGCACGUGUGUGAGAGAGAUGAAUGUGUGCUUCAGUAAAAAUAGAAAAAGGUAACAGAAUGUAUUGUAGAAAUACGAUUUCUUUAGUUGAGGGUAUUGGAGUUACUUUCUUAUUGUCUCUGUUGUAUAAAUACACCAAAUUCUUCAUCAUGUUAUCUUAUUUUAAAAGGCUAGCUCUGAUAUCAUGUGCAUUUUUAACAUUUUGAUUAACUUAUAUUAUGCUAUGUUUUUAAGAUGACAUGAGAAACAGUAGAUUCUAAGACCAGCCUUUCGCUUCUGAGCAUAAAAAUAAGAGAGAUAGACCUAGACAUGAGCUGUGUUUAUCCGUGGGAGUGAUGGGACCAGAGAUCAGUUGGACCUUUUUUUACAUGAAUAGAUUUCUUUAUAUUCGCAGUUAGAAAAUAUUGUUGAUCAUCUUUUACUGGCGAGGUUAAGAGAAUUAUAAUAGGCCUUUUAUAAAGAAUGCCAUUUUUUGAAGCGGCUGCUUUGUUUAAGGAGUUGGUGGGAUCAUUUCACCAUGCAUAUUUUAAAGCUGGGAUGAUUUCAGGUAUUUUAAAAGUUACUCAGUUGUGCUGUUAUUAUGGAGUUCACGUGCUCCCCUACCCCUCAGAUUUUGGUUAUAGGAAAAAACAUGGUACCCUUGACUUGAUUCAUAUGGAAUUAAAAAAAAAUACAUUCUUAUAUUUUGACGUUUGUCAUUUUACUAUACAUUCAUUACUAGAGUAUCCGGUGGUCUAAAAUAGUCAAAACUAGAGUUGUUAUUAAAUGCUCCAAUCACAUUUAUUUUUAAUAUAAAUCAUGUACCUUGAAAUAUGUCGAAACAACUUCAGGUAAUACACCUGAAUUUGUAGUUAUCUUUGAAGCCUCAUCCAUCUUAUAUAUAAUCAAGACCUAAAAAAGCUUUAUAUGUUGUUCUUUUUACAGUUAUAUUUUUGCAGCAUCUCCCAGUUUCAUUCAUUCUUGCUUUCUGGGUUUAAAAAAAUCUGCAUAUUUCUUGUACAUAUGCAUGCAAAUGAAAGAAGGGAGUUUGUAUUGGUGCCAUUUCUCCCUUCAGUUACUGAUUAAUGGGAUUUACUAGAAUAAAUUCCCCCUGGUUGAAGGGUGAAAACAUACCCUUUGUGUAAAUCUGUACAGAGAUGUGUAUAUGGAAUGUGGUGGCACUUUGCUGAAUGUGAACUUGCCUUGUCAAUGGAAAGAUUGAGAAGUAUUAUGUUUAUUUAUACAUUUGUAUAAUCUAUAUAUACACGUAUGUAUAUGUGUGUGUAUAGAUAAAGCUAUAUACAUAUAUUUCCCUAAAAAUGUGUGUGUAUAAUAAAUAGAUAAACAGCCUUUGUUAAGCAAGAUUAUACGUCUAUGGAAAAUUCUGGAUUAUUCUAUAAGCAGGAGGAGGUGACAGUCUAGAGUAUAUCAUCAGCACACUAAAGUGGAGGUUCUUUGGAAUAUAGUCUUGUUCGUGGUUAUUAUGAGUUAAUUUCUGUCGGAAUUAUUCUUCCUUGCCAGUUCUACUAUUCUUCAACUUCACUAACUUCUCAGUCUGUCAGCAUUUAAAAAUCACACUUCAUUGUGUUUUUUCUCCUUUAUUAUGUCCUUUCUAGCCAGAAGCAUUUGUCUGAAGUGCAUUUCAUUAACUUUUCAAUUCUUUUUUUUUUUUUAAAUCUUUAUCUCUGAAAUUUCCCAGAAGACAGUACGUUUGGGUAAUGUUUUCUUUAGUAAUUUUGAGAAUCGGGCAUUCAUCUUUGUCUCAAAAACAAACAGUAAUCAACCUUGAAAUAAAACUGAUUUGAAAAGUUUACCUAGAUAAUUUUGGGAUAUUUACUUAAAUUGAAAAAGGACAUAAUUAUGAUUUUAUGAUUGAUAAUAGAGUUAGGCUUAUUUCCUCAUUUAUUGUCAUUAAUUUGUCAUUUAAAAAUUUAAUUUACUUUGUGAUUUAAUCAUAAAUUUACCAUUUUUGUUUUGAUGGAAAGCAUACAAAGUCAUGUGUAAGCCUCUUGAAUUUUUAAUUAAUUUUACUCAUGAUGAAACUGCUUUAACGAAUUCUUGUGUAAUGAAUUCUGCUGUUUCCUUUUGACUUUUCUCACAUUUGUGACAUUCUGUUUUAACUUUGCUGCAGCUCUCUAGAAAACUUGCAUCCCUAUAUAUUGUGCCUUUAAAGCUCUUAUGCACACACAGACAAAAGUGUAUAUAUACAUGUUGGAGCAUGUGUACAUAUACUUUCAUAUAUACUCACACAGUAUGUCUCUAGUAUAUAUUGUGGGAGAGGAUAUAUAGUUAUUCAAAGGCAAUGAAAUGUUGCUCUCUAGAUAUAUAUGUAUAUAAAUAGUGUUGAUAUGCUGUAUAUACACAUGUAUAUGUAUGAGUUUUAAAUGGCAAUCUUUUACAUUUAGCAAAAUGCUGCCCCUACUGGAAUAUUGUCACUGCAAUGGCAGUUGUAUGUAAUGAUUUAAAAUACAUUAUCAAAAAUUAUUUAAAGAACAUUUAAAAGUUUCAUCUAAAGACAUCCACACAUUAUUUAUUUAUCUUCCUUUUCCUUUUAUUGUUAUUUUUUUUUAACUGAAAGGGAGACUGUCAUUUUUAAAAUGUCAUCUGUCCCGUGGGAGAAGGAGAGAGUUGGAGAUUCACUUGAGGAACCUCGUGCUUUUCUCUUCUCUGAAAUGGAGAUGUACCACAAACCAGCCUGUUUAUUUCAAUUAUAAAGCAAUCCUAGUAUUUCCAUUAGCGUAUGUCAUCCACCAUCUCCUAGAUCAACUUAAUUCACCAAUUUGCCUCUUCCUUUCAUUAAUAAAUAAUGAUCAUCCAGAUCAUUUUGCCUGGGGGAAGUUAACUACUCUCUUGCUGCAGGGAAAUAUAUCACCUAAUUGUUAUUCUGCCUUGUUCAAAAUUCAACUCUGAGAGAAGGCAGCAUUCUCAUGAUGCUGUCUUAAGCAUAUUUUGCAUUUAUUAAAGGUCUUCCCAGACUUUUUUUUUAAAAAAGGACUCCAAGUCUGCAUGCACUUGACAGAGAUUUAAUUCUUAGUCCCCACAGCUUCACGUAUUUUUCAUUAUAUCAGUUUGACACACCAAAUGAAAGAAUCUUAAAAUACUUAAAUAUUUUAUCUUGUGAUGAGUUGGCACCAGAUUACGUUUCAAGACCUUACAGAGAGGAAUGUAGGUGGACAGUCCUAAAUUGUAAGAUGUGACAAAAAAACAGUGGAGUAAGAGUACCCCUAAAGACUGAAAUAGAGAGGUUGGGGUUUGAGUGAUUUCAGGGUAGCUGAGCUGGAACUUGAUAUCAGAAGCAGCCUUUAACAAAAAGCCUCUUAACAAUUGUAUGGUACUAACUAGAAUACUGAAGUGUAAGUUGAAACCAAGUUGCAGUGGGAAAUCAAAGGUGAGGUAGCUUAUUUGAAACCAGUAAAUGACAGACAGGUUGCACAGUUUUAAAAUCUAUUUUAACAAAGUAACUGCAUGGUAGCAAGGACUAGCAGUUCUCAAAACCCUUCUUUUUCAGUGUUCUUAUUCACCUUGGCACACAAGUGUUUUACAGUCCAUACAUUAAAAAUAUUUACAAAAAAAAAAAAAAGUUGCUUAAAGGGAAUUUACAAACCGAGAAUCUUCUCUGUAUUUGUUUUAAUAGUGGCUGGAAUCUUAGUUAUAUGCACAAAAGCUAGGAGCCACUUGCUUCUGCACAGACCAUAGGAACAGAUGAGGAGAUUGGCAGGUUUUGGGAAAAGCCACCACUUCUGAAGGAAAGGCAUAUCUAUGACAUCGGGUAUGGUGUUGCUGGGGGAGACCACGUUUUGGGAGGGGGUGGGCUUUUGGUUUGUAAUUUCCCUUUAAACAAGAGAUGGCUCACAUUUUCCAUAUAUAUCUCAAUGAAUGUACUGUAUUACUGUUUUAAAAAUUUGCUGAAAUAAUAAUGAUUGGUCUCCUUUUGUUAUCUGGUCCUUGUUUAAUUUGUUUAAGGGUUUUUGUAUACAAAAGUUUACAUUUUUAUGUAUAUUUUUCUUGUGUAAAAACUGAUGUAAUAUGUGUAUAAAACACUGUAUGUAUUAUCUGUAUAUAGUGUGACAAAAUGAUUUUUCUUUCUUUCUUUUGGAUGUAUUAAUAAAUCUUGCUGUGAAGUAA